AUGCGAAUCAAGGUAGACGUUGAGCUGCACAAGCGGGAGAUUAACAAUAUCACCCACGUCCAGGAGGUGUUCAAAUCACUUUCGGAUACUGUGGAGACGCGCCUAGUUACCGACAAGGAGGCACUCACUCGCCUGGUUAGCAAUGCACUAGCUAAGGGGACGUUGAGAACCAUCGUUCCUGAACUUACGGAAAGGCUUUGCCAUCCAGCUCUCUACGAGGAUUGCCUAAGUGUUUUGUGCGGCGUUAUGUUUGACUCCGAGAGGGUUGAACGGGGGGAGUCUCUUGACGGCUUUGUUUCGUUUAUCACGCAGCUUCCUGACAAUGAGCAGAAAAAAGCGAAGGGCGACAUUGUGCAACGGGCGAUGACGUACCUCUCGAAACCGCGUCGUCUGGAUUGCAGUAGGAACCUCCUUCUUCCUUACGCAGAGGUCAUCGCUGUCCUCACCAAGGUCGACAUGCUAAAUAUCCGUAACGUUGUCGUGGCGCUUAUGCAGAUGAUACGUUUAGAUACAACUCGAACUGCGGGAAUAACGUGUUUAGGGAAGUUGGUGGAAGUCGCCCAUGGGUUACUGCUUGAGCGGUUAGACCAACAUACCCUUCAAACACUCCGCGACACAGUGAUAUUUGCGCGGCAGGAUGACAUCUUGUCGUACGACGUGGAGUACAUCAUGGAAGCCUUUGGGUGGGACCAAUCCCCCAAGUUUGUGAACUUUUCCGUGCGACACUCAGGGGUACACCACAAAUCGGCUAUUCUAACCUUGGCCUACAGUGGCGGGAACGGCUCCCGCGAAGUGGUCGUGACUUCCUCCGUAGACGGUACUAUUGGAACGUGGGAUCAUUCAGGUGCCCUUACGGAGAACCUCGUUCUUUCGCGUCAUUACGCCUCCUCAAUAGAUUUUGCGGACCAUGGACGCGCCCUAAUCGUCGGUACGGUCGGAAGAACGGCUUCCAUUCCCCCCGCCAUUGUCAUAUAUACUGCUCAGCCAACAUACAAUGAAGAGUCCAAUUGGCAAGAGAAGUGUGGCGCUGAGCCGCGUGAUGCUAUGUUUAUAACCACUGUGAAGUGCCUCCGGAGUUUUUCGUCUAUGAGAUAUUGUUGUGGCGCAACCGUUGCAACGGGAAGCACGUUGAUCCUUUACGACGGGACGCAGGUUAUCCAGGAGUACAAUGGUCACAGUGAUGUGAUAUCCGCCAUGCACGUUAUACCGGACAGGGACAAUACUGUUGUGACGGGGUCGAGGGACUGCUCGGUGAUGGUUUAUGAUCUUCGUAUGCCCCAAAGCGUCACGACAACCUCCGCCCAUCGGCACUAUAGCACAGUAACGUCCAUUGGGAGCUGUGGUGACUUCCUUUUUACCAGUGGCCUUGACCGCCGCGUUGUCGUGAACGACUUACGCAUGAUGGGGCAAGGAAUGGCCACACAGGAUUUGGAUAGUGCUGUACUUAGUAUAUCCGUGAACUCAAGUAUGGUUUGCGCCGCUUCCACGCUGACAGGUGUGCAUCUUAUUAAUUUUGGGAACAAUCCGAUACUCACCUGCAGGGCAGAUAGCAUGAAGAUGAGUCCACGAUAUAACGCCGUUUCCUGGAACGCGCAAGGUGACGUUCUGUACGCAGGAGGCGAUAAUAACACGUUGGAUAUGUUCACGCGGCGCUUCCCUGAGACUGAAGCGUAUGCUGCGUAA